AUGGGCAGCUGCGGUGUUGAGCUCCAGGCACACUUCUGCCUGUCACCUACAAGACAGUGGCCUUAUGGUCAGCCACCUGGAAGCCCCACAGUUGCUUCCAGGUAGGUGUGACAUCACAGGCACCACUAGGGCAACCACACACAAUGUGAGCUCAGCAGCUUCCAACUCCUGUAUCCCUUUAGAAGCCAACAUGCAGCGCUUUGCAAACCCGCUUCUCAGGCACAUAAUUCCUAGGGGAUGCUUUGAUGAUGCUUCAAAGACACAGUGCUUGCAGUAUUUAAGAACUCUGAGGGCACUGCAGCGUAAUGGUUUCAACACUAUCUUCUUAGGGGAAACAGAUAUUCCAGAAAGUCUUAUAACAGGAGAAAAAAUAGCUGAGGAGGCCAGCCUACAUUGGCCAGUAUGGACACUUGUUCAUGCUGGCAGCAGCCGAGGGUGGGUGCCAUGGAGGUACAAACUGCUGUUAAGAAAUGAACUGCAGCCCACUCAGAAACAGAAUGGUGCCUUCCAGGAGUUGUGUGAUUCUCUGACCAUGUCCUAUGGGAAAUGCAUAAUUGUGACAAGAGAUAAAAGGCAGCUGACAGGUGUAGGGGCGAAAAACAGCAAGGAGCAGGAGAUGGGAUUGUUGCCUUCAGUCCCCCCAUUAAUCUACAUGUCCAGCAUCAAGUGUUGCCCUGAGACGGCUAGAGCGAAUGGCCAUGAACUUCUUGCUGUGCCUGCAUCUUACACCUACCUCUAUCCAAUGGAUGUUGCCUGGUCUUCUCUGAAAUGGUUUAUUAUAAACAACAGGAAGGACUUUGCCCUGAGGUCUGUUGAGAAUACCCAUUCCUACAGAUGCAUCCUCUUCAGUGAUCUGAUUAUUAAAGGAAUAGAGAACAUGACCCCGAACAAAUGGAAAAUAGCGAUUAACAAAGUGAAGAAAUGGGAAAACUACUACCUCGACUCAUUUUCUUAA